GGUUGACAGACAGCAAUGGGCGUUGCGGAUCGGAACGUUCUUUGCUGUUGCUUUCGGUACCAUCGUCCGCUUAACUAUCGGAACGGCAUACCUUCAGUAUGUCUGGCGCAAGCUGAAACACACAAGCAUUGAACUAGGGGGCAUAAAUAAUGCCUUUGAUGUGUUGUCCAACAUUUUCUCCUUUGCGAGCUUGAAGUUUUGGCAGAAACUACCUUUAGCCGCGCUCGUGGGGGCUGCAUUCUGGCAUGUAUUCCUAACGCAGGCUGGCCGCGCAAAGGCUGACAAGCUACGGACAGGUCUAGUCACAUCGUCACACUGUUCCCACCCGCCACGUUGUCUGCCGUGGAAGCUCGACUUCCCGGCUUGACGAAGGUCCCUGUACCUUCAGUGAUGUACAUUGACCGAUCCGUUGCAUUCGGAGACGAGCCCCGGUUUGGUCCUAUGUCCUCCUUAUCGGUCCCUGGUGUGGCUUCUCCGACACGACCGGACGCAAGUAAAAUUAGCACGUAUGUUGGACGGAACAACGUAUCCUCAGGAGCUCUGGAAACGUUGUACGAGGAUGCGAGGAGGACAAAAGAUGCACUUGCUCCCGUUGCGCUGGAAGACCCUCUUGACUACGAAUACAGCUCUGUCAUGCAACUCCCUUGGAUAUCCUGCGAGGCCGUCGAAUCCAGCACCGUGACACCCUUUCUUCCUCAAAUCGCAGACGCAUUAGACAUUGUUCUUACUAGAAAGGUUCUGGACCAACCCCAAAACCGUUCACAACUGAUGGAGGUGUUGAACGUGACUGUGGACGAGAGCUUCCGGUUCACCUAUCAGCAACGCUUCUCGUCUUCCACGGACGAGAUCAUCAACACUUCCAGGCCUUUGGCUGGCCGGUUACACUACCUCGCAUGGGCUGGAGCCGUGGACUUGAAGGGCUCCGCACGAAACAUGUCAGAUAUGUUUUUGCACUCUUGGCCUUUGAAUUCAUCAGUCGGCGACCUGAAUGCCAUGUUGGACGGAAGCCUGACUAUCCUGUGGCGCCCAGAUGAAAAUUCAGAUGUCAACGUGACUAAAUGUCAGAUGCACAACGCGACGGUCGAGGUCAACGUUCAGGUUUCUAGAGGGGAUCCUACUCUGUACUACAGCCACAUGGUCGAAUUAGGACCGUCGCUCUCCAAUGACAAAGCUUUGUGGACGGCCAACGAUGGAGACCCGUCUUGGGCAUCGCUUGCUCUCAACGCCUGGAUGAACCCACUAUAUCGUCAUAUCCAGGGGACAGCCUUCUACACCCGCCAGGCCGGUUCAUACGGAAUAUACGAACGCGACCUCAUUCGAAUCGAUGAUAUUGAGACCCUAGCCCAUGACUACGCAUUGAGCCUCAUGAGCGGCGCGGAGCAAGGCCUAUGGUACCCAAGCUACGUACAGUCCAACUUCAGCGGGAACCGCAUCAUCUAUCACUACGAACCAGUGAAUCUCAUCACAGCCUACGCCGCUAUGCUGGUAGCCACCGCCGUUGUCGUCGUACUCGGCAUGUUGUCCUUCAUCCGCAAUGGUUCCGUGAGCUACGAUAACAAGUUUACCACUAUCGCUGCGUCGAUGCAGAACCCAGAGGUGUGUAUAAUCCUUUCUUCCCGCUUGGUGAUUGAUAGUUGGAUUUAGCUGACGCUUGGGAAUCAGAUGGCCGAUGUGCUGCGGUUCUUGCCAGUGGGAUCGGCUAAAUAUAGCCCUCUUGCUGAGAAGGUAGUAGUCAGAUUGGAGAUUGAUGAUGCCAGUGACGGAGUGCCGGCGCAGGGACACAAAUUCGUUCGGGGCUAACACCAAGAAUCCACUAUGUAUUUAAUAAGUACGUUUGGAGUUAUGAAAAAUAG